GCUGAUUCAGCAACUGAGUAUUACAGGAACAUGUAGCACUCUCACAGCUAUUCAUGUUCUCUUCUUGCCCAUACGCUUCAUUGGAAUGGGUGUGCGACGUUGGCUGAGGUCAUUUCGUAGCCAAAGUCGAGUUGGCAGCCCAGCUAUAAGUGGGUCAGGAGAAAACUAUGAAUUCACUCUUCGUGCGGUGUUGCUUGGGCUCCUCAUAGGAUGUCUUCUAUGCUUUACGAAUCUGUACUUCGGCCUGCAGACAGGAUGGAUCAGCAUGAUGUCCCUUCAGUCUGCUCUUAUAGGUUACCUCCUAUCCCGUUUUCUGCCAACGCCGAUCUCGGCUCAAGAGAACAUUGUCUUGCAAACGACGGCUGUAGCUACUGGAACAAUGCCAUUAGCAGCAGGGUUCGUUGGAAUCCUUCCAGCACUCGGAUUGUUGGAAGAAGACAGAGAUGGCUCACCGCCGAUAUAUCUAUCGUGGAUAGCCUCCGUAGGUUGGUCUUGUGCAGUAGCAUUCUUUGGUGUCUUUCUAUCACCACCACUACGGAAGCAAGUCAUCAUUGAAGAACAACUCCCCUUUCCCUCGGGAACAGCCACAGCCCAACUGAUCUCUGUUCUACACCAGUUACCUCCGCCUGACACAACUGUCCGACGACGUGCGGGUUACACUGAACUUGACACAGAUGAUACACCCGUGCUGGACCCCACUAGCCCAAUUGAGGAGGUCCUUCUGAGUGAACCAGCUGACAUUAAAGAAGCUGCAGAACCGGAAACCUGGUCAGCUCUCAUCUGGAGUUUCACUGCUUCAGGUAUCAUGACGCUUGCAGCGUAUUUCUUUCCAGUUAUUUUCUCACUUCCGAUUUUCGGGAGGUUCCUUGCGAGACAGUGGUUGUGGACGUUCACACCUAGUCUUUCCUACGUAGGACAAGGCAUCAUUAUGGGAUUUCCGACCACCUUGAGUAUGAACUUGGGCAUGCUAGUCGGCUGGGGUAUACUGUCACCGCUGUCGAAAUAUAAAGGAUGGGCGCCAGGCCCUGUAGGUGAUAUGUCCAGUGGUGCAAGGGGAUGGAUACUAUGGACGUCUUUGGCCAUCAUGUGCACAGACAGUCUCGUGUCUCUUGGUCCAGUCAUUGGCGAAAUUGUGUAUGCGAGACUCCUCAGACGCUCAACAUCUCUGGACGAAGGCAAGGACGAUAAAGAAGUCGAAACAGAAGACCGCUUAGUUCCCAUGCGAUGGGUACUUUGGGGUCUCGGUGGAAGUAUCGUCUUGGGCACAAUUCUGGUAUGGUUGGUAUUUGGCGAUGAAGGUAUGAAACCUUGGGCCACAUUUUUAGGGUUUGUGAUGGGUGGCUUGCUGAGCGUGCUAGGAGUGCGAGCUCUUGGCGAGACCGAUCUAAACCCAGUCAGUGGUCUAGGCAAGAUCAGUCAGCUGUUCUUCGCUUGGAUCCAGCCGGGAAAUAUCGUUGCAAAUAUCAUAGCUGGUGGUGUCGCCGAAGCCGGUGCUCAACAGGCCGGUGAUUUGAUGCAGGAUCUAAAGACGGGACAUCUCAUCCGGGCUUCCCCAAGGGCACAAUUCUAUGGACAGCUCAUCGGAUCCUCCCUUUCGAUCAUUGUCACUACAACUGCAUACACAUUGUACAAUCGUGCAUACCAAAUACCAGGGCCUUCUUUCCCAGCACCGACGGCUUAUGUUUGGCUUGGCCUUGCACGCUUAUUGCGCGAUGGGGAGUUGCCUGAGAAAAGCAACGUAUUCAUGCUUUCAUUUGGGAUUAUCUUCGCGCUCAUAGCCGCAGCGAAGACACAUGCCACGCUCCGACGUCGCUGGUAUGCCAAAUGGAUACCGUCUGGAGUCGCAUUCGCCAUCGGAUUCCUCAAUACGCCAUCCUUUUCGCUUGCUCGACUCGUCGGAGGCAUCGUCGAAUAUCUGUAUUAUCGAUGGGUAGGUCGAGAAAAGGGCGGAAUCAGAUUGAUUAUCAUAGCAAGCGGGUUUGUCCUCGGAGAAGGAGUGGUCAGUAUCGUUUCGUUAAUACUGCGGACUUUUGGCAUCGGUGUGGUCAGCUGUUGGGGCUGCGUUCCUGGGCUAUGUGGAGGGUGUCCAUCGUAGAGUUAAAGGUUCGGCACUAGCACAGCUUGAUCAUGGUAUUAAGGAGGUUUUGUCUUGUCAUCUCUUGACUGAUAGUAAGUGGUUUCCAUCUACCUGGCAUUUGUCGUUGUCCUGAAUGGAAUCCUGGGCUCAUCCAGCCCAUGUGUAUCAUGUGCCUGCGAUCAAUUUAGGCUUCCGCCGGUGGCACGUUAUGUGUGCAGAAGGCUUCUCCUUGGUUGACAUCUGUCCGGAGUUGCGCUACUGCACCUGUCAAAGAAUCCUUCGUCUUAUUGCAUAUCCCCAUUGCAAUCGGUUCCUUAUCUGGGAAGUGCAAAAAUGCAUCUGUCAAGUAUGCGGAGCUUUUCUUUACUCUGCCCCUUUUUUGCUUCACAUCACAACUGGAUAUUCUUGGGAUAUUCUAUGAACAAUGGAGUAGGUUUGCGAUUGAUGCGCCCUCCAUUUCGUGGCGCGGUUAGUGAUAUCACAGCCUGCACGUCGCGCUUAUAAACAUUCCCCGACGUCUCCAGCGCUGCAUUGGACCACCUGUUUCCGUUUCGGCCGGAGCGAACUCGCGAUUCGAGGCAUCCUUUGAUAUUAACCUUUCGCUUGCCAAGAUUUAUUCGGAAGAAAAUGCUGUAACGCGGAAGUAGCGUGAAGGGUUCAUGGUGUCGUCUGUGCUUGCAGUCGUUCAUGCAUACCAUACCCUGUUGGUCUCACGAGGUUUUCAGCCCUGCAUAACAUCAUCCAAGGAC